GGAAAUAAACCUGGUUUGGUUGGGGGAGAGGUGGUGUGAAGGUUGCCGGCUGCAGCGCUCAUGCAGUGAGUCGGAUCGGCGUCGCGCGCUCUGCCAGGGCGUUGGCAUGGCCCAGGGAUGAACGGUGACGGGGCGCCCAGCAGCCCGGAGCUCUCCUCGUGCCCGCUGCCCGACUGGAAGGAGUUUUGUGAGUUGCACGCUCGUGCCUCGGCCGCCGACUUCGCCUACAAGUUUCGCCGCUUCGUCACUGAGAACCCUUGCUACGACGCACCAGGCGCCGAUGCCAGCUUCUCACGCCAUUUUGCCCGCCACUUCUUGGACUGCUUCGCUUCUGCCCUCAGCCAAGCACAGCAGCCCGAUUCGCCCGGUUCCUCCUCUGCGCAUAAAUACGCCAUUGCUCCAUUUGCGGGCAUUCAGGGUUGCCCGCUACCUUCCUACAGCCACGAGUUCUACCAGCGGCGUAAGGACACAGGUGCCUCCAGCGAAUCACUGGACAGCAUGGACAGCGGAGGAGGCGGGGCUUCUGCGAACUCAACUCUGCGUGGACAUAAAGUCUCGGCGCUGGGACAGUCGCGAAGCUCGGAGGACAUCUCGAUGGGCCACUCCAAGGCCCGCUUCAAAAAGGGAUUCUCACUGAGGAACAUGAGCCUGUGCGUGGUGGAUGGCGUGAGGGAGAUCUGGCAACGGCGGGCACCGUCUGAGCUGGAACCCGUAGGCACCGGGGUCAGGAAAGUUAACGGAGCGGAGGCCGCUGGAAACGAGCGCUGGAGUCAAAAGUUGAGUUUGACGCGGAGCUUGAAGAGCAACCGUGUCGAGCUGCUGAACAUUCAGAGGGAGGGUACGCUGCGCUACAUGGUGGCGGAUGAUACCAACUGUAUGGGCGCUGCGCAGUGGCAGAAGUGCAGGUUGCUGCUAAGGAAGAGCAAAAAUUGCUUGGAAGGGAGUGAAAAGUUCCUGCUUGAGUUCUAUGUACCACCAAAGACGUCCAAGCCCAAGGUGAGCGUGCCCCUCUCUGCUGUUGUGGAGGUGAGAACCACGAUGCCUCUGGAGAUGCCUGACAAGGACAACACAUUUGUGCUUAAGGUGGAAAAUGGUGAGGAGUACAUCCUGGAAACCAUCGACUCUCUCCAGAAAAACUCCUGGGUCGCUGACAUCCAGGACUGCAUAGAUCCGGGGGACAGCGGCGAUGACAUUGAGCUUGCAUCAUGUCCACACGGUCAUCCUUCCAAAGAAUUCUCCCUGGUGACCUCCUGCAGCUGUGAGCUUCUAUCUGAAGGUGUACACCGGGCUCCUGAGAGGUCAUGUGCUUCUGCUGGUGAUCCUUACAGCGCCCCCACUGUCCGCUGCAGGGAACCGCCGCCCACACAACACCCCUCUCACGUGCCCUUAGAGCGCUUCCUGCAGUCUACAGAGGCUCCAUCAUCAGGUCCUGGUGAUCCCCCAGCAGAAGCCGAGGGUGCCGCUACCUUAGUCGGUUACCCGUGGUUCCAUGGGACAUUAUCACGUGUACGGGCAGCUCAGCUGGUACUGGCUGGCGGUGCCCAUAGCCACGGCCUGUUCGUGAUACGGCAGAGUGAGACACGGCCGGGAGAAUACGUCCUCACCUUCAACUUCCAGGGCAAAGCCAAGCAUCUGAGGUUGUCGGUGAAUGAAAACGGUCAGUGCCACGUGCAUCACCUGUGGUUCCAGACGGUCUGCGACAUGCUCAGGCAUUUUCACACCCAUCCCAUCCCGCUGGAGUCCGGCGGCUCCUCUGAUAUCACGCUGCGCUCAUACGUACAAGUGCAGCGCAGUCCCGCAGAUGUUCCCAACCUCCCCGUUCCUCCACGGGAGCCCAGCUGCCGGAGCGAGACAGGCCAGCCCAGCCUCCAUCUCCCCGGGGCCUCUCAGUCUCCAGCGACCCCCGCGCCAGACGCACCUCCGUCCUCCAGCUCCUCCUCCUCUCCCACAGCCCAGGGAGGCCUAGUGAGGAGCAGCAGCUCGGAAAGGCUGCUGGAUCCCCCUGCUGGUGCUUCAGAGGAGUACACUGAUACCGAGGCCACAAGGAGGACCAGAGCUGUGGAGAAUCAGUACUCGUUUUACUGAUAUCCAGUCAGGAUGAACGAACAGUAGUGAUGAGACAGGACAUGGACAGUUUUCAUACACACAUAUAUGGAUUUUGAUGGAUGCUUCUUAGGAAAUGGAUCAGGCUCUAGAUAGGCUUUUAAAACACCCAGCUACCAUUAGAAGACCUGAAGUACCCUUCAAUACAUAUUGUGUUUAUGUUGACAUAUGUUUUCAGAUGACAUGACUGUUGGCAUAAAUGAUCUACAGGAACAGAGAAACAUCGAAGCAUCAAAAAGUACCAUAAUACUCAACCAGAAAAAUUGAGCUGGAAACCUGAAGCACCCUUUAAACACUAACUACCUCCUUUCAUUUAGUUUUUUGUUCUUGUCAAGCACACAGAGAAGGAGCCUCAAAUCUUACAUUUCUAAGCAGAUUUUAGUUGCUGCAUAAGGUUUAGUUUCACAGGGCCAGACAAAACCAUGUCUUUAGUGAGCAA